AACCAUUAUCAGAACUUAUGGAAUCUAGCUAUGACACUCCACGACCAGGACGAACAUUUCGAUCGCGAGCUGAAGAUGCGGCAGCGGUAAACCAGGAUCACUAUCAACACCACUUAUCGUUUGGAGUACCUUCUGGUACCGGAGCAAUAGCCCAGCGAGCUCAGCUUGGACAAAUUCGCGAACCGGGGCGCCUAAUGAUGCCAACAUUGGAAGAGAAAGCAGAGCCAAGCAGUAGUACAUCCGUUUUACAGAAUGUUUUCAACGGUUUGUCCGGAUCUAGCAGUAGUACGAAUUCUGCCCCUCUUGUCGCUUCUGCAUCUAGCUCGACCAUCAACGACGACGAAGAGACGAAGUUUAAUCAUUCAUUCAGUUCUGACAAUGGACGAGGCUUCGGCACCAGGAAUUUCACAGUACCGAAGCAAGCCACAGCAUAUGCAAGCAACAAGUACAGUUCGGAUAAUUCAUUUAGGUAUGGCGGCAGUGUUGCACCGGAAUUAUCAACCAGAUAUCGUUCCUUGGAAAGCGGUGUGUGCAGUUUGGUAGGCGACGAAAACACAACGACAAGGAAACAGACAAUUUGUUCAAAAUUGACCGAAAAGUACAGGCUUAUCGAUAUCGCUGUUAAGAAACUGGAUGAGUGUACGGCAGCACAUGCAUGGCGCCAACCACAUAUACUGCAGAGGCACAUUCCGGAUAUAAAAGAAAACGUUGAGACGAUUGCAAGUGCAAUGACUGGCUUUCUGGAUGCCGCUUGCCGCAUUGCUGUGGACAGUGGCAAUCCCAAAGCGACUGGUAAGCAGCGCUGCACAUUCAUGCCGAUUCACUCGUCAGUGAGGGAUAGUCACGGGAAAGAAAGCGAUCACUCAGGCAGACUGCAAAAAGGCUAUAUGCGUGUGUGUGAUGCGUAUGGUUGA